AUGGGCAGAGAACUCCACCCGGCACUUCAGACCAGAGUUCCUAGUGCGAAAGGGCUUCGCCCGACACUGCACCUCGGGGCCAUGCAGAAGCGCGGCACGACACUUCAAUUCAAGAUGGCUGCAGCAGGCCGCGUGCAGAGAAGCUGCACCCGGCACUGUGAUCUGGAGCCAGCCCACCGAAACCUGGCCUCGAAGAUCUUCUGUAUAUGCUGCAAAUGCUGUGAGGAACCCAAUGCCACAGAUGACUCCAAGAUCCCCAGUCAAACCCAGGAGCUUCAGCCAUCAAAGCAUGGUCUGCAGAAGGAUGAGCUUGACGGACAAAAUCUCAAGCAAGAUAAUGAAGCGUCCCACGUGAUUUGGGGAAACUCCCUGCUCCAUCCAGAAAAGAGAACAUCCUAUUUCAGCAGCAGUGAGUUUGAGGAUGUGAAUUCACAUGUUUCCAAAAGAGGAUUUCACAAGAGAAAUCUAAGCCGCUACUCCCAGGAUCGCUGGCCGUAACAGCCAUGCCUCAUUGGGAGACCCUGA